AUGGAUGGGGUACUUAUGAUCAACGAGAUUCUUUAUUGUGCUAAAAAGGUUAAUAGAAGUUGUAUGAUGGUGAAGGUCGAUUUUGAAAAAGCUUGUGAUUGUGUUUCCUGGAAUUUUUUGAGAUUUUUAUUGGUUAGAAUGGGAUUUAGGGCUCGGUGGAGGAUGUAUAUGGAAGCUCUCAUUUUUAACAGCUCGAUAUCCGUGCUAGUAAAUGGAAGUCUAACAGACAAUUUUGUCGUUUCUAAAGGCCUUAGGCAAGAGGAUCCCCUAUCCCAUUUUCUUUUCUUGUUAGUGGCAGAAGGUCUUUUGGAAAGGAUGAGGACAACAUCAUUGUUGGGUGAGGUUGUAGGUUUUCGUUUCAAUGAUUUGGUUCAUUUUGAAAUUCUCCAAUUUGCAGACGAUAAUAUGUUGAUCGAUGAUGGUUCGUGGGAGAAUCUUUGGAUCAUCAAGGCGUUACAUAGAGGGUUCAAGUUAGUUUUGGGGUUGCGCAUUAAAUUGUAUAAGAGUAGGCUUGUGGGGGUAAAUCUGGACUCCGUUUUCGUGCAAGUCGUGGUGUUCCGGUGGAGUUAA